CUGCCCAGAAGGUGAGCCCUUCAACUUCUCCAGAAACGCUUCCCCUCCGCCUCCUUCCCGCGCCGGGUGGGCUGGGCUGGGAAGUGAGGGCUCGCCCCGCCCUCAGCGCGAGAGGGAGGGAGCCGGGGGCCCGCAGGUGCACCCAGCCCGCCCCGGGCCAUCUCCGGGUUGGGUACCGGUAUAAUCCGCUUCUAGCUUGUUUGGAAGCGUGGGCACUUGGGAGCCGGACUUCUGCUCAAAUCCCGUUCAGUGGCUUGGAAAGGAGGAGGCUUGGGGGGUGGUUGCUCAGGAAAUCAUCACCUCCGCUUACUGGAGGGUUGAUAGGGCCUUCCUCUUUCUCUCCCCCUUCAUUUGGGGUAUCCCUUCUGGAUAAAGAGAUGAGUUUUUUUGGUUUCUUACAAAGCCAGCCACGGUAAAGAAGAGCUGCUGCAGGUCGAGGGGAGGAGAGGAAGUGCAGGGCUGUCUGUAACGUGCCGCCGGUCCCAGGAUGGAAGAGUGAAGUCGCGCCGGUUCCAGCUCGCGGAGCCCGCCGGAAGCCAGUCCCCGGAGAGGAGAGCGCCCUGAGGGAGCAGGGUGGCCGCCUGGUCCAGGAAUGUUUACCCUUGCGGAAGUUGCUUCACUUAAUGACAUUCAACCAACUUACCGAAUCCUGAAACCAUGGUGGGACGUGUUUAUGGAUUACCUGGCUGUCGUUAUGUUGAUGGUAGCCAUCUUUGCAGGAACCAUGCAACUUACCAAAGAUCAGGUGGUCUGCUUGCCAGUAUUGCCAUCUCCUGUAAAUUCAAAGGCACACACACCACCAGGAAGUGCCGACGUUACCACCAACAUCCCGAAGAUGGAGUCAGCCACAGACCAAGACCAAGAUGGGCGGAUGACAAAUGAGAUUUCCUUUGGCGCAUCUGCUGUGACACCUGACAUACCUCUCAGAGCCACAUAUCCUCACACAGAUUCCACGGUUCCAAAUCAGGAGGCAAAGAAAGACCCAGCAGGCCGAAAAACAAACUUGGAUUUUCAGCAAUAUGUAUUUAUUAAUCAGAUGUGUUACCACCUGGCCCUUCCGUGGUAUUCUAAGUACUUUCCGUACCUUGCUCUUAUACAUACUAUUAUUCUCAUGGUCAGUAGCAACUUUUGGUUCAAAUAUCCCAAAACAUGCUCAAAAGUAGAACAUUUCGUUUCAAUAUUAGGAAAGUGCUUUGAAUCUCCUUGGACUACUAAAGCGUUGUCUGAGACAGCAUGCGAAGACUCGGAGGAAAACAAGCAGAGAAUAACAGGUGCCCAGACUCUACCAAAGCACGUAUCUACCAGCAGUGAUGAAGGGAGCCCCAGCGCCAGCACCCCAAUGAUCAGCAAAACUGGCUUCAAAUUUUCAGCUGAAAAGCCCGUGAUUGAAGUCCCCAGCAUGACCAUCCUGGACAAAAAGGACGGGGAACAGGCCAAAGCCCUGUUUGAGAAAGUGAGGAAGUUCCGUGCUCACGUGGAAGACAGUGACUUGAUCUAUAAACUCUACGUGGUCCAAACAGUUAUCAAAACAGCCAAGUUCAUCUUUAUCCUCUGCUACACUGCAAACUUCGUCAAUGCGAUCAGCUUUGAACACGUCUGCAAGCCCAAAGUCGAGCACCUGACGGGUUACGAGGUGUUUGAGUGCACCCACAACAUGGCGUACAUGCUGAAAAAACUGCUCAUCAGUUACAUAUCCAUUAUUUGCGUUUAUGGUUUUAUCUGCCUCUACACUCUCUUCUGGUUAUUCAGGAUACCUUUGAAGGAAUAUUCUUUUGAAAAAGUCAGAGAAGAGAGCAGUUUCAGUGACAUUCCAGAUGUCAAAAAUGAUUUUGCGUUCCUUCUACACAUGGUAGACCAGUAUGACCAGCUGUAUUCCAAGCGUUUCGGGGUGUUCUUGUCAGAAGUCAGUGAAAAUAAACUGAGGGAAAUCAGUUUGAACCACGAGUGGACAUUUGAAAAACUGAGGCAGCACGUGUCACGCAACGCCCAGGACAAGCAGGAGCUCCAUCUGUUUAUGCUGUCAGGUGUGCCCGAUGCUGUCUUCGACCUCACAGACCUGGAUGUGCUAAAACUCGAGCUGAUUCCAGAAGCUAAAAUUCCUGCUAAGAUUUCUCAGAUGACUAACCUCCAAGAGCUUCACCUCUGCCACUGCCCUGCAAAAGUGGAACAGACUGCUUUUAGCUUUCUCCGUGAUCACUUGAGAUGCCUUCACGUGAAGUUCACCGACGUGGCAGAAAUUCCCGCCUGGGUGUAUCUGCUCAAAAACCUUCGUGAGCUGUACUUGAUAGGCAACUUGAACUCUGAAAACAAUAAGAUGAUAGGACUUGAAUCCCUCCGAGAGUUGCGGCACCUUAAGAUUCUCCACGUGAAGAGCAAUCUGACCAAAGUCCCCUCCAACAUUACAGAUGUGGCUCCGCAUCUCACCAGGUUAGUCGUUCACAAUGACGGCACUAAACUGCUGGUACUGAACAGCCUUAAGAAGAUGAUGAAUGUCGCCGAGCUCGAGCUCCAGAACUGUGAGCUAGAGAGAAUUCCACACGCUAUUUUCAGCCUCUCUAACUUGCAGGAACUAGAUUUAAAGUCAAAUAACAUACGCACAAUUGAAGAAAUCAUCAGUUUCCAGCAUUUAAAACGACUGACUUGUUUAAAACUGUGGCAUAAUAAAAUCGUUACCAUUCCACCCUCCAUCACCCACGUCAAAAACUUGGAGUCACUUUAUUUCUCUAACAACAAGCUCGAAUCCCUACCUGUGGCAGUGUUUAGUUUACAGAAACUCAGAUGCUUAGAUGUAAGCUACAACAACAUUUCCAUGAUCCCAAUAGAAAUAGGAUUACUUCAGAACCUGCAGCAUUUGCAUAUCACGGGGAACAAGGUGGACGUUCUGCCAAAACAGUUGUUUAAAUGCAUUAAGUUGAGGACUUUGAAUCUGGGGCAGAACUGCAUCACUUCCCUCCCAGAGAAGAUCGGUCAGCUCUCCCAGCUCACCCAGCUGGAGCUGAAAGGGAACUGCUUGGACCGCCUGCCAGCCCAGCUGGGCCAGUGCCGCCUGCUCAAGAAAAGCGGGCUUGUUGUGGAAGAUCACCUUUUUGACACCCUGCCACUCGAAGUCAAAGAAGCAUUGAAUCAAGACAUAAAUAUCCCCUUUGCAAAUGGGAUUUAAACUGAGAUCAGAUGUGCACAUCCGUGUGCCGGAGGAACAACUUCCUAGAUGGCAAGUGCUCAUGUACCAGUUAUUGCAAGAUAAUGCAUUUUAGGAGUAGAUACACCUUUAAAAAUACAACAGAGAGGAUGCAUAGAAGGCUGAUAGAAGACAUAACUGAAUGUUCAACGUUUGUAGUGUGUUAAGUCAUUCACUUCCAAAUCUUUUUCUUUUUUCUUUUGGGGAAAGGGAAGGAAAAAUUAUAAUCACUAAUCUUGGUUUCUUUUUAAAUUGUUUGUAACUUGGAUGCUGCCGCUACUGAAUGUUUACAAAUUGCUUGCCUGCUAAAGUAAAUGAUUAAAUUGACAUUUUCUUACUAUA